AUGUCUGGAGCAUCACUGUUCGAGCAGCCUGACAGCCCGACUGAUCUGCCGAGCUACGAGUACUCUGUCGCGCGGCCGGAGAAGACGAGUCUGCGGCGGAGGGAGAUCGUGGAUGAGGACGGCUGGCUGAUCUACGAUGCGGGUGCUUUCGAGCAGGCUGCUAAUGAGGCCUCUUCUUCCGCUGGCAGACAGAGCACGCAGUUGAGGCCGCGGCCGAGCAUGAUGAAGCGACCGCCACAGAGGACGCAGCUGGGGCGACUGAUGGUGGUGAAUGGACGGGAAUCGCCAGAGGACGAGCCGCCGCCGUUCACGCCGACCACCGUGCCCGCCUACCACCCGCACUUCAACUCCCGGCCAGCCUCUCCCCUGCACUCCCCGCCAGCCCACGCAACGAUGACCCGCUUCGGAACGCCACCUCCGCGCCCAUCCACCGCCGCGCUUCCCUCGACCCAACCGAACUCUCCGGCCGCAUACGCUUCUCCUCGGGCGCACACAAUCCAGCCUCCUGUGCGCUCUAUACCGCUUCAGGACCGUCCUGCGCCCUCACAUGCUGCGCGCGGUCCGGCGUCCUUUGGCCUAUCGCAUACGUCUUUCAAUCCGAAUCUGGCCUAUGCUUCUUCGAACGGGUCUGGAUCGGCGUCUGCUGGUGCCGCUUCUUUCUAUGGUACACAUGUGGCUUCCGCGAUGACCCCAUCCAAAGCGGCAAACUCGGCGUCGUCUCAGCUCUAUCAAUCCCAGCCAUCUUCACCGCCUCAACAUCAUCAUCAGGCGGCGUCGGUCUCUACGCCCCCUUCGCCCUUGCUUAAUAGGGAAUUCUCGGUCGAUCGAUCGAGCGUCUACAGCCGAAUUAGCGACUCAUCUGUUGGAUCGGUCAACUCGCAUUCGACACAUUCGUCUGUGAGUUUGAGAGGGAGGGCGGCUAAUGCGUCGAUAGGAGCUGGAGCGGGAGGGCCGCCGCCGGGCGCUGGAUUUGGGUUGGGGCCUUCUGCGCGCGCUUCUGUGGGCGGCGUUAGCACGUACUCGACGGGUAGCGCGCCGAGUUUGCCGCUGGGUCAGUGGGCUACGAAUGAGGACCAGCUUAUGCGCGACAUAUACGGUUCGCGAUGA